AAGUUAAUUCAGAGAAAAUUGUCUCCAAACCCUUCUCUCUUCCAUUGUAAAAUCCUCAUAAGUCCAUUUAUAUCCAACAAAGCGGUAUCAGAGCACUUAUCCAAAUGGCAAGUGGGAAUCUAGUUUCAUUACAGGUUCCAAAAUUCUCAAAAGAAAAGUUUGACAAUUGGUGCAUCUGAAUAAAGGCCAUACUCGGUGCACAUGAUAUGUGGGAAAUUGUUGAGAAUGGAUAUGAUACUCCUCCAUACAUAAGUGCUCUUACACAAGCACAAAAAGAUCAGUUUAAUAACAUCAAGAAAAAGGAUCAGAAGGCCAUUUCUCUCAUUCACCAAGCAUUGGAUGAGAUUACCUUUGAAAAGGUUUCUAAUGCCACCACAACAAAGCAGUUGUGGGAGAAGCUUCAAGCUGCCUAUAAAGGAAAAGGAAAGGCAAAGAAAGUUCGCCUCCAAAGUUUGAGAGGUGAAUUUCAAGUUGUCCAAAUGAAUGAGACAGAAAAGGUGUCAGAUUAUAUUUCAAGGGUCAUGGGGAUUGCCAACCAGAUGAGAAGACUUGAUGAAGAGAACAAAAAGGAGGUGCAAGUCAAGGAGGACGAGGUCGAGGCCGUGGACGCAGUCGUGGUUGAGGACGUGGAAGAGGAAGAAGAAAUGCCCAAAACAUUGAUCAAAGUAGAGAUGAAAAUUCCUCGUUCACCUCUUGGAGAGGCCAUGGCAAAGGAGGAUCAAGGCCAUAUCAGAAUAGCUAAUUUCUCUCAAGAUGAAGACAAAGAAGCUAAUGAAGAGGUGGAGACAACUCUCUUGUUGGCUUGUAAAGAGAUGAAGAAUGAAGACAAGCACUCUUGGUACCUUGAUACUGGGGCAAGCGAUCACAUGUGUAGAAACAGAGAAUUAUUUGUGGAGCUUGAUGAGAAAGUUGGUGGCAACCUCACCUUUGGAGACUCCUCCAAAAUACCAGUGAGGGUUAAAGAAAAGGGGUAUGCUGUAUUCACAAAAGGUUGUAGCCUCUACUUGGAAGAUUGUACAGAAAACUUGAUUGCCAAAGUCCCAAUGUCAAAGAAUCAUAUGUUUGCUGUGAACAUACAUACAGAUGUGGCUAAAUGCUUAACAUGUUGUUGUAAAGAUUCUUCAUGGCUAUGGCAUUUGAGAUUUGGGCAUAUGAACUUUAGAGGACUUAAGGUUAUGGCUAGUAGAAGAAUGGGGAAAGGCUUGCCUUCAGUGAAUCAACCUGAUCAACUUUGUGAGGGUUGUCUUCUUGAAAAAUCAGAAGCGUUCAAGUGUUUCCAGAAUUUUAAAGCACUUGUGGAGAAGGAAAGUAGCUUUAAAAUCCAAGUGUUGAGAUUUGACAGGGGAGGUGAAUUCACUUCUAAAGAAUUUCAAGAGUUCUGUGCUGCCAAUGGAGUUCGCCAUUUUCUUACUACUCUAAGAUUGCCACAACAGAACGGAGUGGAUUCUAGAACGAAAGGGUAUAGGCUUUACGAUCCAAACGAUGACAAAGCAAUCAUUAGUAGAGAUGUGGAUUUUGAUGAAGAAGCCAUGUGGGAUUGGAAAUCUCAGGAAGAGAAUUAUGAAUUUCUUCCAUCUUUUGCAGAAGAAGAUGAUGAAGAAAGGCAAGAAGUCAUUACUCCCCCAGCAUCACCAUCUUGUGGUGAAAUUUCAUCUCCAAAAGGAAGCUCAAGUGAAGGGCCUUUGCAAACAAGGAGGCUCAGACAUGCUGCUAUUGGAGUCAAAUGGGUGUUCAAAGAGAAAAAGAAUUCCAAAGGAGAGGUGGAAAGAUAUAAAGCAAGGCUUGCGGCUAAAGGUUACAAGCAGCAACAUGGCAUCAACUAUGAAGAAGUUUUUGCACUGGUGUAUGUUCAACAACCUCUUGGCUAUGUUGUAAAGGGUGAAAAGAACAAGGUGCUUAAAUUGAAGAAAGCUCUAUACGGCUUGAAACAAGCUCCAAGAGCUUGGAAUUGCAGAAUUGACAGAUACUUUCAGGAGAAUGGCUUUGUCAAGUGCCCUUAUGAACAUGCUCUCUACAUAAAGGUGAGCAAUGGUGGAAUUUUAAUUGUUUGCUUGUAUGUAGAUGAUCUAAUCUUUAUAGGCAAUAAUCCGAGAAUGUUUGAAGAAUUCAAAAUGGCAAUGAGCAAUGAAUUUGAAAUGACAAGUAUAGGACUCAUGUCAUAUUAUCUUGGCAUAGAAGUGAAACAGAUGGAGGAAGGCAUCUUCAUUUCACAAGAAAAUUAUGCGAGGGAGCUGGAGCUUGGAGUUCCAAACCGUCCUGUAUCAACCAAAGCUAAGAUAUUACCAGUAAGGUACAAGUUCAGAAAUGAGGAGAUUAAUGGAAAGUUUGUGUAUGGUACUGUUGUUUCCUGUGGCUGUUCGAAUGAUUUUGUCACUGGAGGAAUCCAAGCUGCAGGAAGAGCAAAGCUUGGAGGAAUACCUGUUGGAAUAGUUGCCGUUGAGACACAGACAGUGAUGCAAGUUAUCCCUGCUGAUCCAGGACAACUUGAUUCCCAUGAGAGGGUUGUCCCUCAAGCUGGACAAGUAUGGUUUCCAGAUUCUGCAACCAAGACAGCUCAAGCAAUAAUGGAUUUCAACAGAGAAGAGCUUCCGCUAUUCAUUCUUGCCAACUGGCGAGGCUCUUCGGGUGGGCAGAGGGACCUUUUUGAGGGUAUCCUUCAGGCUGGAUCAACCAUAGUUGAGAACCUUAGAACAUACAGACAGCCUGUUUUUGUGUACAUUCCUAUGAUGGGUGAGCUCGUGGUGGGGCAUGGGUUGUUGUUGACAGCCGGAUCAAGUCCCACCAUAUUGAAAUGUAUGCUCAUCGACCUGCUAAGGGAAACGUUUCUUAAGCCUGAGGGAAUGAUAGAGAUCAAGUUUAGGACAAAGGAGCAGCUGGAGUGCAUGGGUAGGCUCGACCCACAGCUCAUUGAUCUUAAGGCAAAACUUCAGGAAGCCAAGAGUAGCGAUGCCUAUGGGAAGACUGAAUCUCUGCAGCAGCAAAUAAAAGUCCGUGAGAAGCAACUUUUGCCACUAUACACCCAGAUAGCCACUAGAUUUGCUGAACUUCAUGACACUUCCCUGAGGAUGGCUGCAAAAGGGGUAAUAAAGGAAGUUGUAGACUGGAAUCGUUCCCGCUUUUUCUUCUACAAAAGAUUAGGUCGGAGAAUUGCUGAGGGCAACAUGAUUAAGACUAUACAAGAUGCUGCUGGUGAGCAGCUACCGCAUAAAUCAGCAAUGGACUUGAUUAAGAAGUGGUUUUUAGAUUCCAACAUGGCAAGGGGCCAAGAAGAUGCUUGGUUGGAUGACGAAGCUUUCUUUGCGUGGAAGGAUGAUCAAAGAAACUACGAGGAGAAACUAAAGGAGCUGAGGGUCCAAAAGGUAUUACUUCAACUAUCAAAUAUUGGCAAUUCAACAUCAGACGUGCGAGCUCUACCUCAAGGUCUUGCUGCCCUUCUAAGCAAGAUGGAGCCCUCAAGCUGGUCGCAAUUAGUCGAAGAACUUCGUAAAGUGAUCAGUUAGUUAUGAAGUUUGUAUUCGAAAUAACAUGGACUCUCACAUUACCUGUCUUGAUUAUUCUUUGAUUGUUCCGGAGGUUUAAACACCACAGUUGCCUACGCUUGAUGAAAAUUCGCCCUCCACCAGAGUUUGUCAGAGUACUCCUGGGAACACCAAAUCGAUCUGUUAAGUGUAAAUUUUUGCUAGCCUCCAAAGUUCAAUUGGAGAAGUAGAUAAUUUAUUGUUGCAUGAAAUUCAUUAAGCAUGAACAAUUUCAUAAGGUUUCCUGCAAACCUGUAGCUUCUUUUGUUGUUUUAUUAUCUUGUAAUCGUGCUUAAUAAAUAAAUAUAAAUCAUUCUC